CUUUCUUAUUGUAAGAAGGUUUUUCUUGAAUAUUUCUUUACUCUUCUCAAUGGCUGCUUUUUAUGCAAACAGCAAUAGACUUAUUAUGGCCACUGCAUUGUUUUUUCUUGGGCUGUUGCUUCUUGGCAUACCCUUAACAGGUGCACAAUCCGUAGGGGUUUGCAAUGGACAAGUUGGCAACAAUUUACCAUCUGAUCAGGAAGUUGUACAACUCUACCAAUCUAAUGGCAUUGGAAGGAUGAGACUUUAUGGUCCAAACCAAGCAACUCUCCAGGCCCUUAAAGGAUCCAACAUAGAACUCAUCCUUGAUGUGCCUAACCCUGACGUUCAAUCUCUUGCAUCCGAUGCCUCAGCUGCCACUCAAUGGGUUCAAAAUAACGUCCAGAACUACUUCUCGGACGUUAAAAUCCGAUACAUCGCCGUUGGGAACGAAGUGGAUCCCAAUGGUGGAAAUGCUCAGAUUGCCCAGUUCAUUGGCCCCGCCAUGCAAAAUGUCCAAAAUGCCCUUAAUGCGGCGGGAUUGCAAAACCAAAUCAAGGUCUCAACGGCAACCUACACGCCGCUCCUCGGAACUGAUUUCCCUCCAUCACAAGGCUCAUUCAAAGACAAUGUUAGGUCAUUCAUUGACCCAAUAAUUGGCUUUUUGAUUAACAAUAAUUCCCCACUGCUGGUCAACAUAUACCCCUACUUCGCCUACAUUCGCAAUACACAAAGUAUUCAGCUCCCCUAUGCUUUAUUCACAUCACCAGGAGUUGUAGUACAAGAUGGAGCACUGGGGUACCGAAACCUUUUUGAUGCGAUAUUGGAUGCUCUGUAUUCGGCUCUGGAGAAGGCAGGUGGAGGUAACAUUGAAAUCGUCGUAUCAGAGAGUGGCUGGCCGUCAGCUGGUGACCCUGCGGCUUCACCAGAAAAUGCAGGCACUUACUAUAGGAAUUUGAUUAAUCAUGUGAAGGGAGGGAGUCCCAAGAGGCCUGGAAGGGCUAUAGAAACUUACUUAUUUGCCAUGUUUGAUGAGAACCAAAAGGGAGGGGAUGAGUCUGAGAAACAUUUUGGCCUCUUCACCCCUGAUAAGCAGCCUAAGUACCAACUUAGUUUCAACUAAGAUAAUUAGACCGUUAAAAAGAAACUAGUAAUUUAUGCUAUUAUUCCUAAAUAAAAAUGGGUUGUACUUGUAUCUGACCACCAAGAAAGAGAAAGUAUAGUUCAGUAUGAAAUUUGUAUUUUAUCCCACAUAAAUAAAAAGUUAAUUUUAAAUAGU